UUUGACAGCUGUUUUUCUGCUCGUAUGACAAAAAUACCAUGGACGACAAUCAUUGUUCGGAGAAUUAAUUUUGUGGUUGUUUUGCGAAUGAGUAUUUUAUUCGAUUGUAUAACUACUAAGAAAAAUAGCAAAGAACAUACUUUUGUUACGUAGCAGUGGUGCAGUGAUUUAUAAUAAAUGUUGAAAGUGAUCCCAAGAUGAGUAAAAUGUCGAAAAACAAACUGAACCUCACCCUACCACCAGGGUCUAUAGACACCGCACCGGCGGUCACCCCAUCAAACAUGACUCCCCAGCUGAAGUCCGCUACAGCAACGGAGCGACAAGGCCUAGCCGGGAAGUCCAAAACCAGCAUAGAGGCUCUCACUGAACGCCUGGAGCAAAUUGAGAUGGAUGACACUCAGAGGCGCAGAAUUGAGGUGUUCCUUUGUCAGAAAGAGAAGAUCGGAGAGCUCAGUGAUGAUGAUUUUGAGAAACUUGGUGAACUAGGUCAAGGCAAUGGAGGAGUGGUUAUGAAAGUCCGUCACAAGUCCACAGGCCUCAUCAUGGCACGAAAACUUAUCCAUCUAGAAGUGAAGCCAGCCAUAAAGAAGCAAAUCAUCAGAGAGCUGAAAGUCCUCCAUGAGUGCAAUUUUGCACACAUUGUAGGCUUCUACGGAGCAUUUUAUAGUGACGGAGAAAUAUCCAUUUGUAUGGAGUACAUGGAUGGUGGUUCCCUUGAUCUUAUCCUGAAGAAAGCUGGCAGGAUACCAGAGUCAAUUCUAGGUACUAUAACUUCAGCUGUGCUGAAAGGUCUAAGCUACUUGCGCGACAAGCACGCCAUCAUGCACCGCGACGUGAAGCCGUCCAACAUCCUUGUAAACAGCAAUGGCGAGAUCAAGAUCUGUGACUUUGGUGUCUCUGGCCAGCUCAUUGACUCCAUGGCCAACUCGUUUGUGGGCACCCGGAGUUAUAUGUCGCCGGAGCGCCUCCAAGGCACGCACUACUCCGUCCUGUCGGACAUCUGGUCGCUCGGGCUGUCGCUGGUGGAGAUGGCCAUCGGCAUGUAUCCCAUCCCGCCGCCCGACGCCAAGACCCUCGCCGCCAUAUUCGGCGGGCAGAACGAGGAUCACUCGCCUGGACAGGCGCCGAACUCGCCGCGACCUAUGGCGAUCUUCGAGUUGCUAGACUACAUCGUGAACGAGCCGCCGCCCAAGCUGCCAGCGGGGAUAUUCUCCGACGAGUUCAAGGACUUCGUCGACCGCUGCCUCAAGAAGAACCCUGACGAGCGCGCCGACUUGAAGACUUUGAUGAGCCACGAUUGGAUUCGCAAAGCGGACGCAGAGAAAGUAGACAUAGCGGGCUGGGUGUGCAAGACGAUGGACCUCAUGCCUUCCACACCAAAUUCCAAUGUGUCUCCUUUUUCUUCAUAAGCUGCAAGAAGUGCAUACUUUCAUCAGCGAAAAAGGGUCAAAACAUUUCCCAAGAAAGAGCGGGUGAAACAAUCAGUGAGGACGCUGGCUUAGAAGAGUAGAGGCCAGGCACCGCGCGGUGGCACUUCACAGUAUGUCAACUCUAGAUACCAUUGUCCAAUCAGCAGGCGAACACAACACGACAUCUCAUGAACAUUCUCGGGCGUGACGAGUUUACAGUGGAAAUGAGAAGGAAAGUAAUGCAACACGUUUGGUAACGUGAUCGAAUUGGGUUAUCGUCGAUUCGCCACAAAAUCGAUACGUCACUCGUAAGAUCUAUUCAUUGAAUGUAAAUUCGUCAUAAAUAUAAAGCUGUAACCAUUGGUUACCGAUAGUGUGACGUAUUUACACGUUCUUUUUUGUGACUAACCUUCUUUGUGGCAAGUCGACAAUAACCCGUCAAAACGUUUUCUUAAUUUCCUCAAACGAAAAUGGUUUCUACCACUCGGUAAACCGCAACGGCACACUCAAAACCGUCACGUCUCAUUUAUUGAUCGAUCGACACAUAUCACAUCGUAAAACAAUUAGUACUCUUCGUGAGAUACCUGUAAUCGAAUAAUGAAAUUCAAAAUUUAAAAAUUUAAUUUAUAGAAUUGGCUAAACUUAAGGUAAAUUUCGUAGGAAUUAUUGAAAAACAAUGUGUAAUAAUACACUUUGAUAUCGAUUUUAAACUGGUACGAUCGCCAUUACGUUUAUACCUUAACAAGUAGACUUCGUAAUUGCCGACUUGUAUUAUUUCAAUGACGAAAUAGGUACUCAGUUUAAAAUAAAUGCGGUAACUAAUAGCAAUCAUAAAAAUGUGUUUAGUAUCGCAACAUAGAUUAACACAGGACACGGUAUACAACUAUUGGCAAUCGUACUCAUAAAGCGUUCGGAACUUUCCUUCUCAUAUACAGGCUAUAUGAAAACGCGAAAGUUUACUUUGGUGUGUAACCGAUAACAAGGUGUCGAAGAUAGAUAGGGGUAUAAUACUAAAACAUAGUGCAUUCGUGGACGAACUAAUCGAGGUUUUAUAACGAAUAAAAAAAACAACUAAUCGAUAAAUGGUCAAGUAGAGUUGAUUUCACUAGUCGCAAGUCGAAAAUGUUAGUAGUGUUUUGACAUAUUUUUCUUUGCUGAAAGUGCGUAAUUCAUGUCAGC